GUGCCGUGUCUCUCACGUUAAAGUUUAACCCACUCACUCAAGUUACACACGAGCAAGUCGCUGGUCAAGAUACAGUUGUCUCUCUCGCAGGCACCAAGUCAGGACAGCCAGUGAACCCCGUAGUGGGAGAGAUUAACACCCAGAGCUUUACCAUGACCCACCAGUUUAUUUCCCUGACUCCGGAACAGAAAGCGGAACUCGCCAAUGUCGCUCAGAGGAUCGUUGCUUCGGGAAAGGGAAUCCUCGCAGCCGAUGAAUCCGUCGGCACCAUGGGAAAGCGUCUGAAGAACAUUAACGUGGAGAACACGGAGGAGAAUCGCAGGUUUUUCCGGCAGGUUCUGUUCACCGUGGACAGCGAGGUCAGCGAAUGCAUCGGGGGGAUCAUAUUCUUCCACGAGACCCUGUACCAGAAAACCGACGAUGGCACCCCGUUUCCUGAACUAGUCAAGGAGAAAGGCAUUGCUGUUGGGAUUAAGGUUGAUAAGGGAGUGGUGCCAUUGGCUGGCACAGACGGAGAGACAGUAACUCAAGGGUUGGACGGACUCGCUGAGCGCUGUGCCCAGUACAAGAAAGAUGGCGCGGUGUUCGCCAAGUGGCGGAGCGUGCUGCGGAUCACCGACAAGGCGCCGUCGACGCUGGCCAUUGAGGAGAAUGCCUGGGUUCUGGCGCGUUACGCCAGCAUCUGCCAGCAGCAAGGCCUGGUGCCCAUCGUGGAGCCGGAGAUCCUGACUGACGGGAGCCACGACCUUCAGCGGUGCCAGUAUCUGACCGAGAAGGUCCUCGCUGCCUGUUAUAAGGCUCUCAAUGAUCACCAUGUCUACCUGGAGGGGACCCUGCUCAAACCCAACAUGGUGACCGCUGGACACUGCUGUACCAGGAAGUUCAGUCCAGAGGAGGUUGGCAUGGCAACCGUCACUGCUUUGCGCCGCACUGUCCCCCCGGCUGUGCCAGGUAUCUGUUUCCUAUCCGGAGGUCAGAGUGAGGAGGAGGCCUCUGUUAACCUCAAUGCCAUUAACCUGUGCCCCCUGCGGAAACCCUGGAAACUGAGCUUUUCCUUUGGCCGGGCCCUGCAGGCUUCGGCCCUCAUCGCCUGGUCUGGCAAAGAGGACAACGCAGAGUUGGCGCAAGAGGCCUAUGCCAAGAGAGCCAAGAUUAACGGCUUGGCGUCUAAAGGUGAAUAUACCCCAUCAGGAGAUACCAAUAUCGCUGCUAACUACUCACUCUACACUGAGAACUACAGUUACUGAUGGCCCAGCAUGGGAACUUCGUGUCCUUUCCUGCAUCUCACCCUUUGUCCCCUGCCCAGUGAUGAUGGACCCCACCCCUCCCUCUUUCUCUGCCCUCAAUUGCAGUGUGCGAACCCUGGGUUGUUAAAUUUCCCACCAAUCAGCCCCCUCCCCGAUGCUCGUCCCUCAUCCUGAUCCCCUGCUACCCCUCGACGUGUCCCAGGAUCGGGACCGCCAGAGUUUCCCAUCUUUCCCCCCACCCCACCCUCCACCAUGUGCAUGUGAGUUCAGACCCCGAAACCUCUCCCCCAUCUCCUUUGUUGUCCUUCUGUCCUUAAAGAGGAAUCAGAUAGUUGCUGGAGAUCUAAUUGACAAAUAAGGCAAAUGAUAAAACUGCAUGCCUCUGUUUGUGCGCGUGUGUGUGUGUGUGUGUGUGUGUGUGUGUGUGUGUGUGUGUGUGUGUGUUUGCAUCUUUUAUUUAACUCUCUCAGGAAAGGAUUGCCUCCUACUGUCCAGGCUCAUGUCCCAUGAAGCUUGGAUUUCCAUUCAACAAAGCGCUGUCUGGAUAAUGUGCUGCUCUUCUUUGCCUAAGUAAUGGAGUUAAAACUCACACAACACCAGGAUUACAUUCCAACAGGUUUAUUUGGGAACACUAGCUUUCAGAGCACUGCUCCUUCAUCAGGUGGUUGUAGAGUAGAAAAUCAUAAGACACAGAAUUUAUAGCAAAAGGGUCACGGAGCUGUAACGAUAUAUUAAGCAAAUUCAGAUGAAGGCUUUCACCUUUUAGAAUGGGAUAUGCUAGUUCCAGUUCUUUAAUUUGUAAAUCCCAGAACUCCCAGUAAUUGAUCAAGGAACAUGGAUCUUUGAAAGGCGUUCGAACACACCAGUAAAAGUAAGCCAUUCAGUCCAUCAAACCUGUUCCCACUGUUUCUGGCUGAUCUGGAUUUAACCUCAACCCUACCUUCCUGCACCCCCCCACCGCUCCCUGAUCAUUUUCCAUUGCCAUUGUCCAUAGUCUAUCUAUCCAUCUUUAAAAUAUUGAAAGUUUCUGCGCCCACUGCCUACAGGGGAACGGAAUUCCAAAGAUCCACAACCUCUGAAACUGAAAAUGGUUUCUCAUCUCAAAUAGAUGCCCCUUAUUUUUAAAUGAUGACCCCCCACGAUUAAUCCUCCCACAAUCCUUUCCACACCCGCCUGGUCACAUCCCCUCAGGAUCCCAUACGUUUUAGUUCGGUCAGGCCUCUGACACUUCUAGACCCCACAAUACAUCAUUCUAACCCGUCUGUCCUUUCCUCACUGCAGUCUAGUCCGCCUUCUCUGAACUGCUUCCAUUGCACUAACAUGGGCGGCACGGUGGCUCAGUGGUUAGCACUGCUGCCUCACAGCAGGCAGGGUCCUGGGUUUGAUUCCCACCUGUCUGUGUGGAGUUUGCACAUUCUCCCCGUGUCUGCGUGAGUUUCCUCCGGGUGCUCCGGUUUCCUUCCACAAUCCAAAGAUGCGCAGGUCAGGUGAAUUGGCCAUGCUGGAUUGCCCACAGUAUUCAUUCCUGAUGAAGGGCUUAUGCUCGAAACGUCGAAUUCUCUAUUCCUGAGAUGCUGCCUGGCCUGCUGUGCUUUGACCAGCAACACAUUUGCAGCUGUGAUCUCCAGCAUCUGCAGACCUCAUUUUUUACUUGCCCACAGUAUUAGUCAGGGGUAAAUCUAGGGUAGGGGAAUGGGUUUGGGUGGGUUUCUCUUUGGAGGGGCAGUGUGGACUUGUUGGGCCGAAAGGCCUGUUUCCACACUGUAGAGAAUCUAAUCUAAUCCUCCCAUAGUAUCCGGUACUGUCCAAAUUACUCCAGAUUAAGUAUAUUAGUUUGGAGGGAGAUGGGCCAGGAGCAGGCAGUUGGGACUAGUUUAGUUUGGGAUUGUAUUCGAUAUGGCUUGGUUGGACCGAAGGAUCUGUCUCUGUUCCCUAUGACUCUAUGCGGUCUCACCAACACCAUGUAUAACUGAAGUAUAACCUCCUGACUCAUUCAAUUCCUCUCCUAUUAAAACAUAAUUCUAUUUGUUCUGAUUAGUCACUUUACCAGCACACUCACUUUCUGUGAUUCAACCCACUCGGAUGCCCGUAUCUGUCUGCAUCUCAGAGCUCUCAGUAAUUAAACAAUAUGCUGCUUUUUUAAAAUUAUUUCUAUAAAAAUGGACAAUUUGAUACUUUCCCACAUUGAAUGCCAUUUGCCAGAUCUUUUCCCACUUAGUCAAACUAUCUCUAUUGCUCUGUAGGCUUUCUUAUAUUCUAGAACAUAGAACAUAGAACAAUACAGCACAGAACAGGCCCUUCGGCCCACAAUGUUGUGCCGAACAUCUAUCCUAGAUUAAGCACCCAUCCAUGUACCUAUCCAAUUGCCGGUUAAAGAUCGUCAAUGAUUCUGACUCUACCACUGCCACGGGCAGCGCAUUCCAUGCCCCCACCACUCUCUGGGUAAAGAACCCACCCCUGACAUCUCCCCUAUACCUUCCACCCUUCACCUUAAAUUUAUGUCGCCUUGUAAUACUCUGUUGUACCCGGGGAAAAAGUUUCUGACAUCUAUUCCUCUGAUCAUCUUAUAAACCUCUAUCAAGUCACCCCUCAUCCUUCACCGUUCCAACGAGAAAAGGCCGAGAACUCUCAACCUGUCCUCGUAUGACCUAUUCUCCAUUCCAGGCAACAUCCUGGUAAACCUUCUCUGCACCCUCUCCAAAGCUUCCACAUCUUUCCUAAAGUGAGGCGACCAGAACUGCACACAGUACUCCAAAUGUGGCCUAACCAAAGUCCUGUACAGCUGCAACAUCACUUCACGACUCUUGAAUUCAAUCCCUCUGCUAAUGAACGCUAAUACACCAUAGGCCUUCUUACAAUUCUCUUCACAAUUUAGUUUCCCAUCUAUCACCUUUCUUGCCUUCGGGCUGGAUGGUGGCUCAGUGGUUAGCACUGCUGCCUCACAGCGCCAGGGAUCCCAGGUUCAAUUCUACCCUUGGGCAACUGUGUGGAGUUUGCACAUUCUCCUCUCGUGUCUGUGUGGGUUUCCUCUGGGUGCUCCAGUUUCCUCCCACUGUCCCAAGAUCUGUGUCACUCAGCUGUCCAGCCAACUGAGCUACAGAUGCUUUAGGAGGAUAGUGUCAAAAUUCAAAAGGACAGCGUGGACAAAAGCAGAUGGAAGUUCAAUGUGAGGAAAUAUGAAGCGAUUGAACUAAAGAGAGGCAGAUCAAAGUAAAGAGUCUGCUUCCAAAGGGUUUGUAGGUGUGGGAGGAUUUUGAUAAGUCAGUAACAAGACAGUUAAUGAAGGUUAGGGAAUAGUUGAUUUGAUAUGGUCAUGUACCGAGAUAGAGCGAAAAGUAUUGUUCUGCGUGCUCUCCAGACACAUUGUACCUUAUGUAAGCACAUCAGGGUAAUGGAACAGAAUACAAAAUAUAGUGUAUAGUAUAGAGAAAGGUGCAGAGGAAGAUUAACUGUAAUUUACGAAGAAUCAGUUCAUAUAUCUUAAUAGUGGGUAAGAAGCUGUUCUUGAAUCUGUUGGUAAGUGUUUUCAAAUGUUUAUACCUUCUGCCUGGUUGAAGAGAGGGUAACCUCGGUGUGGAGGGAUCUUUGAUGAUGUUGGCCUUGACAUUUAUUGGUGUUACUAUCAUUGAAUCCCCCACCAUCAACAUCUUUGGGGUUAUCGUUGACCAGGAACUCAACUGGACUCACAAUGUAAAUGCAGUGGCUACAAGAGCAGGUCAGAGGCUAGGAAUGCUGUGACGAGUAACUCACCUCCAGACUCCACAAAGCCCGUCCACCAUCUACAAGGCACAAGUCAGGAGUGUGAUGGAAUACUCCCCACUUGCCUGUUUGGCUGCAGCUCCAACAACACUCAAAAGGCAAAGCAGGCCCUCACUUGUUUGGCACCACAUCGACAAGCAUCCAAUCCCUCUAGAAGGGGCAGCAGUGUGUAUCAUCUACAAGAUACACUGCAGAAAUUGACCAACAACUCCUUCCAAACCCAUAACCACUUCCACCAAGAAGGAUAAGGGCAACAGAUCCAUACUACCAACUUCAAGUUCCCCUCCAAGCCACUCACCAUCACGACUUGGAAAUAUACUGCCAUUCAUUCACUGUUGCUCGGUCAAUAUCCUCGAGUUCCCUCCCUCCUUGGGUCUACCUACAGUAGGUGAACUGCAGCAGUUCAAGAGGGCAGCUCACCACCGCCUCAAGGGCAACUAGGCACAGGCAAUCAAUGCUUGCCCAGCUAACGAUGUCCACAUCCCCACAAAUAAAUUUUAAAGAAUAAAUUGGACAGAGUUCAGAAGGGAUUUACCAGCAUGUUAUCAGGAAUGGAGGGCUGUGUUGUACGAGAGGCUGGAUAGGCGAGGAAUUUGUUCACUGGAAUGCAGGAGGCUGAAGGGUGACCUUAUCAAGGUUGAUAAAAUCAAAAGGGGCACAGGUAAGGGUCAUGACAAGGGUCUUUUCCUGAAGGAGUGGAAAUUCCAAACUAAAGGUCAUUUUUAAGGUGACAGGAGAAAGACUUAAAACAGACGUGAGGGUCAGUCAGCUCUUGCUCUUCUGGCCCUCCCUGCUUGUUGAUGAAAUUGGGCCUGUACCAUGAGGUGGCAGCCAUAUUGGUGUUAUAUCACGGACCGCCGCUGACAUCCAUUGUAUUAAUGCUGAAUCACCAACACCAAUUGACCAAUGGAGGCAACUUGGGGUUUUCGGUCACAGUCGAUGGAAGGGAAAGUCUCACUGGCUGGAAGCUGAGAAAAAUACAUAAAAGCUGUGAUUCGCAUCAUGUUGAGGAACUGUUUGUUGGCAAAGAGAUUUUCCCAGAGUGCAAUUUGGACAUUAUCAGAAAUAGGGCUGAUCUCAGCCCAGGGGAAUUGUGGGAACUGUGGCCACCAUGGCUACAUCAGCACUAACUGAUUGAACCAAUGACAAAUAAGUAAAUUACAACCAACUGACUGAGCUGAACAGAUUGUGUAGGAACAGGAGUAGGCAUUUGGCCCUUUGAUCUUAACUCCAACCUUUCAAUCAGAUCAUAUGGGAGGCUCAAGUGGCACAUUUGUAGUGUCCCCACUUCUCAGCCCGGAGACCUGGGUUCAAGUCCCACCUGCUCCAGAGGAGUGUAAUAGCAUCUCUGAAUAGGUUGAUGAGGAAAAAAAAAUCUAAGAUCAUGGCUAAUCUGUCUGUGUUCUGAAUUCCAUAAUUCCACUUGACCCGAAAAAUCUUACACUCGCCCAAUCUAUCAGCUCCGUCUUAAAGAUAUUUAAUGAUCGCACUAAGACAGAAGAUUUCAAAGUCAUACAAUAUUCGGAGAGGGAAAAAAAAGCCCCUCUAUUCUGAAAGGGCUACCUCUAAUUACAAAACAGUGUCCCCUAGCUCAUGUCAUUGGAAGCAUCCUUUCCAUGUUCAGCUGGUCAAGCCCACCCAGGAUUUUACACACUUCAAUCGAUUCACUCCCACCUCCAGCAAAAACAAGGGCUGCCUGUAAAAUUGUUCUUCACAAGGUAAUUCAUUCAUCCCAGAUAUCAAUCAACUGAACACUCCCUGAACCACCUCCAAUGCAUUGACUUCCUUCCUUUCAGGAGAACCAAACCACAGACAGCAUCCAAGAUGUGAUCCCCUGUAGGAUCAACUCCAAUGUUCUGCAAUAAUCUUUCAUGUGGCAUCUUAUGACUCCUGGAAUCCAAAUAUAAUGCCUCAAUGGGCUCCCCUUUAUCAACAGCGCAUAUUACUCAUUCAAAGAAUUCUGGGUAGUUAACUAAAAAUAAUCUCCACUUCAAAAAUUCCGGCUGAUUCUUCCCAAUUUUACCAAUGAGAUUCUCAAUCAGGAUUGAUUCUAACAACUUCCCCAUAACAGUCACUAGGCUAACUGACCUACAUUUCCUGCUUUCUGUACCUUUUCCUUCUUCAAUAGAAUAUCCAUAUCUGCUAUUUUGCAACAUCAUUGAACCUUUCUAGAUUUGUUUCUGAAUUUUGGACUAUUGAUCCCAACACAUCUACAAUCUCUUGAGUGAGCCACUUGGGAACAUACAGGUGUACAGCACGGAUACAGACCCUUCAGUCCAACUCGUCUGUGUUGAAAAGACAUCUUAAAUUAAGCUAGUCCUGUUUGCCAGAGUUUGGACCAUAUCCCUUUAAACCUUUCUUAUUCAUGGCUCCAUCCAGAUGCCUUUUCAAUGUUCUUUUAAGAAGUUCUAUUUGUUAGUUAGAGCUCCAAUUUCUAAUUGACUAUGACUUUGAGUGAGUCAUCACUGAUGGACUAAAUCAUCACCAACUCACACACAGUUACAGCAUCAUGGCCCCCUCCUGGGGACUGUACAUGUAACACACAGACACACACAGCAUCAUGCCCUCUGCCGGGGACUGUACAUGUAACACACAGACACACACAGCAUCAGGCCCCUCUGCUGGGCACUGUACAUGUUACACAGGGAUACACACAGCAUCAAGCCCCUCUGCUGGGGACUGUACAUGUUGCACACAGACACACACAGCAUCAUGCCCUCUGCUGGGCACUGUUCAUGUAACACACAGACACACACAGCAUCAGGCCCCUCUGCUGGGGAUUGUACAUGUUACACAGGGACACACACAGCAUCAGGCCCCUCUGCUGGGGACUGUACAUGUUGCACACAGACACACAGCAUCAUGCCCUCUGCCAGGGACUGUACAUAUAACACACAGACACAGACAGCAGCGUGCCUCUCUGCUGGGGAUUGUACAUGUUACACACAGACAUACAAAGCAUCAUGCCCUCUGCUAGCGUCUGUACAUGUUGCACACAGACAUCAUGCUGCCCCUCUGCUGGGGAAUGUACACACACAUACACAUAUACACAUACACACACAGAGCAUCAGGCCCCUCUGUUGGGGACUGUACGUGUUGCACACAUACAGACACACAAACACACACACGCAUUCUCUCUCUCUAUCUGUCUCACACACACACAUUCAGACACGCACACGCGCGCGCACACACAGUCUGUCACAGCUCCAGAGAAGCCACUUUCUCUUUAUUGUACAUGCCACAGUCCCAGUAGCUCAAUCCUUGAGUGAGCAGAGCUCCUGAUACUCCAGUUUAUGUCAGUCAGUCAGGGCUCCCUGAUGGGGCCAGAUUAACAGCCCCGAUCAGGGAAUUCCUGUUCGCAGAGGUCCACCUGGCUGACCUUGAUCCAAUGAUUACACUCGGCAUGUCUUUCUUCAUCGAAUAACUGUUGUUUUGUUGUAAAAACUUCAUUAAAGAGGGCUGGGUAUUUGAGCUCUUUGCUUUCAAUCUGA